AUGCCACCUCGAUUGAUGGCGCUGCCUACGCAGCUGUCGCAACUGAUCAUGCGGCCGACCAUACAGACAUCCCCAUUGGCAUUCCUCGCUCCGACUCUGCAGCAAUCCCGUCACGCUUCUAUUCUCUCCUCGCUCUCCGACAAUGCCACGGCAUACAACAAGCGUAUUCGCCGCGGUCGAGGUCCAGCUUCUGGAAAGGGAAAGACCUCUGGUCGUGGUCACAAGGGUCAGAAGCAGCAUGGCAAAGUUCCUGCAGGGUUCAAUGGUGGUCAGACGCCGGAUAUUGUUGUACACGGCGAGAAAGGAUGGAACAACAUCUUCGCCCUUGACAUGGCCCCUGUCAACCUCGAGCGCAUUCAGGAAUGGAUCGAUCAGGGUCGGAUUGACCCUACCCGUCCCAUCACUAUUCGUGAAUUGACACACUCGCGAUGCAUUCACCAACCCAAGGACGGUGUCAAGGUGCUUGGCGGCUCCGCCGCCGCCCUCAAGCAACCCAUUCACCUGGUCGUAUCCCGCGCCUCCGCCUCCGCAAUCGAAGCCGUCGAAGCCGCCGGCGGCUCUCUGACAACCCGUUUCUACACUCGUAACGCCAUUCGUCACAUUCUCCGCAUGGAAUCUCAUCCCUUCAUCUCCUUGGCUUGGGCACCCGAGAGCGGACCCGAGGCUCUGCUCAAGGCUGACGGUACUCCCGAGGAUCUGUCCGAGGCCAAUGUGAUGAAGACCUUGGGCCUGAAGUAUCGUUUGCCGGACCCGACACGCCGUCGUGAUAUUGAGUAUUACCGUGAUCCGGCGCACCGUGGUUACCUGGCUCACCUGCUGAAGCCCAUGGAGGGACCCAGUUUGUUCUUCCGUUCGCCGGAGGAGCGCAAGUCGGCGGCUGGUACGAAGAAGGAGAAGGUUCUGCCGGAGAACAGACUCUGGUAG